ACGCAUGUCUGAAAGCGUUGACACCCUGCCGCCGUCCACUCAUCAUCGACCCUGGCUGCAUGUUCCUCGCUCUCGUUUCCUGUGAUAACCUCCCCUGCGCUCGCUUUUCCUGAUUGCUAGUUGACUUUACUUUCCGCUGUUUCUUUACUCUCUGCAUUCGCUUGCUCCGGACGGGCUCCCCUCUGCCGCCAUGUUGCCCUCGUUAUCAGCCAGCCGUCUAGCCCUACUCUCGCUACCCGCCGUGCGCAUUGCCCUCGCCCAGUCCAUCUCCAUAUCGCUAGGGAACAGCCCGCCCGAUGGCGCCUCCGACUACCUCGACCCCUCGUAUGCUGGCUUCGGCAUCGAGCCCUCGAACCUCUUCUCUUUCACCGGCAAAGAGGAGGCCAACCAAUUCACCAUCAAGCUGCUCCAGAACCUCGCAGACUACUCGGGCGCGCCGCCGCACAUUCGCUUGGGAGGAAACACGCAGGAUUACAUGGUCUUUGAGUCGAGCAACACAAACUAUGGCUGGACCUCAAACCCGGACUCGACGGCACAGGGCGCCAUUGCGGCCGACUCCAUGAUCAUUGGACCCAACUACUUCACCGCGCUCGAGCGCUUCCCCAAGGACACGCCCGUUACCUUCGGACUCAACAUGGCCUACAUGGACGACGACUACGAGGACCAAAUCACCGCACUGGCGCAAGCCGCCGUCGACGGCAUGAAGAACGUCAAACUGUACUCGUUCGAGAUUGGCAACGAGCCCGACCUGUGGCUCCAGAACUCUUUCCGCUCUGCGCCCUGGGACGGAAAGACAUACACAUCCCAAUGGCUGGACCGCGCCGAGGUCGUCUACGAGCGCGUGCUCAAGGCUGCCAACCUACCGUCGUCAUUCUUCGAGGCUCCUGCGACCGCAUCCACCAUCGGAACCACCUUCGAGAUUGCGCAACUCGUAGACGAUGGCAUCAUGGAGGGCAGGAACGGCGACAAUUUCCUGGCUACCUGGAACCAGCACGAUUACUUCUAUUUCAUCGGAGUAACUCCCACACCCCUCACCCUCGACGACCUCAUGGACCUCGACGCCACCAACACGCAAUUCAAAUACUGGGAGAAGCAGGUUGGAAUCGCCCUCAAGACAGACCACCCUUACGUGCUGCGCGAGAUGAGCUCCGUUGGGCCAAUAGGCAUGCCCGGCGUCAGUGACACCCUCGGUGCUUCUCUUUGGACGCUCAACUUCUUCCUCUACGCAGCCUCCAUUGGUAUCUCUUCGGUCCAGAUGCACAUGACCGACAACUCCAACGCCAGUGCCUGGUCGCCUAUCCCCAUGUACGGUCGUGAAACCUCAUUCGUACGACCACAGUACUAUGCCCAUGCCGCCGUCGCGCAGAUUGUCGGCAACGGCAACGGAACCACGCAGAUUGCAGCUCUUUCUACAAGCAACGUAGGUGCUGCGUACGAUGGCCGCAUCCGUGCUUAUGCCGCCUACGCAAACGACCAUCUGCAGUCCAUCACUAUGAUCAACGCUAAACAAGCCAAUGCGUCUUCAUCUGACAAGGGCAGCUUCACGUUCAACCUUAACCUAGGCUCUGCACACGCCAACAAGGAUGUCUUCAUCUCUUACCUCACGGGCCCUGGCGCCGAGUCGCAGACAGACAUUACCUGGAACGGCAUGAAGUACGACGACGUUACCGGCGCGUCCUCAGUCACUGACAACACUGUCACAACCACCAAGGCCGAUGGUAACGGUAGGAUAUCCGUCCCCGUCCGCGACAGCCAAGCUGCAGUAGCAAACAUUGGCUCCCAGCUAGGCACCAACGCCGUCCUCAAACCAGACGGCACGCAGGCGAAGAAGAGUAAUGCCGCUUCGACCCCAACCGGCGGGGCCAACUACGCCAUAAUAAGCGGUCUGUUGGCUAUGAUGGCGGCAUUCAUCGCCACGUAAUGGCAGGUGUAGCGAGCCAAAUUUUCCUUUGUCAAACAAAUCAAGCAUCAUGGAAUUGCAUAUGCAUUAUGACGGCGUUCUUUUUGCGAUAGCAGGCUUUUCAUCUGCAUCAUUCAUGGUCAGAAUAUUCCGCCUCAUUCAAUCAUCUGGGGUUUGGAUUAAUCGGUCAUGCGAACGGGAUCGUUAAUGACACGCGACACAAAGACUUUUCUUUUUUGGAACAGGAUAUAUAGGCGCGAUGACGGCGCCUGGAGUGUAUAUACACGGUUUCUAUUGCAUCAAGCCAGCACACGCUGUACCCUGAUAGCUAGAUUCUAGAUUUCUAGAACUGCAAUCUCAUACCUGAUACCCUUUCAUGAUCAAUGUUCCUUCGAGCGGGCGUAUAGCUUCCGAGCAAACAAAUAAGACGUACUUGUAUUGCAACACCUCGUGUGAGAUCGCCAUGAGACGCAAGUGGAGA